ACCCUGAGCCGCCGCCAAAUCGCCUUUUAUUUAUUUUAUUACCUCGGAAGGGUCACUGGACCUUAAAUUACAGACUAUUUUAUCGAAGAAUAUUCUUUCGGAUCGUUUUGGGUAUAAGUGGGAUUAACAGUUGGCCUGUGGGACCAGGCCGCCUCCCGGGAGGCGCGUUGUGUGGGAGCUGAGAAGCUUUCUGGUCGUUGGGAUUGAGUAUUUCAAGCAAAAGGCUUAUGAAAAAAUUAUUCCAGGGACGUUGGUUUACCAGAAGAUGAUAAAGAAAUGAUAGCAGCUCCAGAAAUACCAACUGACUUCAACCUCCUCCAACCCCUAGAUCCAUCUCUCCAUGAUAUGGGCCCACUUUCCUGCAAUGCUGGACCAAGAGACACAGAGACGCACUUCUCGUCAGAUACUGACUUUGAUGACACUGAAGGAAAAAUUCCAAAGCAAGGAAAAGGAAAGAAAGGAAAGAAAGGUCCUGUAGAAAAAGGCAAAGGCAUGAAGGGUGGUGGCCCUAAUUGGAUGAAUGGACAUCAUCAACAAAACGGAGUAGAGAACAUGAUGCUCUUCGAAGUGGUGAAGAUGGGCAAAAGUGCAAUGCAGUCUGUUGUUGAUGAUUGGAUAGAAGCGUAUAAACACAAUAAGGAUGUAGCACUACUCGAUCUCAUCAACUUCUUCAUUCAGUGUUCAGGAUGCAAAGGUGUUGUGACUGGGGAGAUGUUCCGCCAUAUGCAAAAUUCUGAAAUAAUAAGAAGAAUGACGGAAGAAUUUGAUGAGGAUAGUGGUGAUUAUCCGUUAACCAUGGCUGGUCCUCUGUGGAAGAAGUUUAGAUACAGCUUUUGCGAGUUUAUUGGAGUCUUGGUUCGUCAGUGUCAAUACAGCAUUAUAUAUGAUGAGUACAUGAUGGACACGGUUAUCUCGCUCCUCACUGGUCUUUCUGAUUCUCAAGUCAGAGCAUUUCGACAUACAAGCACAAUGGCAGCUAUGAAGUUAAUGACAGCAUUGGUUAAUGUAGCCCUUAACUUGAGCAUCAACAUGGACAAUACACAAAGGCAGUAUGAGGCGGAAAGAAACAAAAUGAUCGGAAAACGAGCGAAUGACAGACUAGAACUUUUAUUGCAGAAAAGAAAGGAGCUGCAAGAAAACCAAGACGAAAUAGAAAACAUGAUGAAUGCAAUAUUUAAAGGUGUUUUUGUUCACAGAUAUCGCGAUUCUAUUGCAGAAAUCAGAGCGAUUUGCAUUGAAGAGAUCGGUGUCUGGAUGAAAAUGUAUAGCGAUGCCUUCCUUAACGACAGUUAUUUAAAAUACGUUGGCUGGACAAUGCAUGACAAGCAAGGCGAGGUACGGCUGAAAUGUCUUACAGCUUUGCAGGGACUAUACUACAACCGAGAGCUGAACUCCAAAUUGGAGCUGUUCACAAGUCGAUUUAAGGAUAGAAUUGUGUCAAUGACCCUUGACAAGGAAUAUGAUGUAGCAGUGCAAGCGAUAAAGCUUCUCACUCUUGUUUUACAAAGUAGCGAUGAAGUGCUGACUGCUGAAGACUGUGAAAAUGUCUAUCACCUGGUUUAUUCAGCACAUCGACCGGUAGCUGUGGCAGCCGGAGAAUUCCUUUACAAAAAACUUUUCAGUUGUCGCGAUCCUGAUGAUGAUGGGAUUAUGAAGCGACGAGGCAGACUUAGUCCCAACGCCAACCUUGUUAAAACAUUGGUGUUUUUCUUUUUGGAGAGUGAGUUGCACGAACAUGCUGCAUACCUUGUGGACAGUAUGUGGGAUUGCGCAACAGAUCUGCUAAAGGACUGGGAAUGUAUGAACAGUCUGCUGCUGGAUGAUCCACUGAAUGGAGAAGAGCCAUUGACAGACAGACAAGAGAGUGCCCUGAUUGAAAUCAUGCUUUGUACAAUUCGACAAGCUGCCGAAUGCCACCCUCCUGUUGGCAGAGGAACAGGAAAAAGGGUAUUGACUGCAAAAGAAAAGAAAACUCAGUUUGAUGACAAGACACGGCUUACAGAACUUUUUGCAGUGUCUCUCCCUCAGCUUUUAGCAAAAUAUUCGGUAGAUGCAGAGAAAGUGACCAACCUGUUAAUGCUGCCACAAUAUUUUGACUUGGAAAUAUAUACAACAGGGCGACUGGAGAAGCACUUGGAAUCAUUGCUGCGCCAGAUACGCAAUAUAGUAGAGAAACACACAGACACAGAUGUUUUGGAAGCCUGUUCUAAAACAUACCACGCUCUGUGUAAUGAAGAGUUCACAAUCUUUAACAGGGUGGACAUUGCGAAGAGUCAGUUGAUGGAUGAACUGGUCGAUAAAUUCAACCGCUUACUUGAAGACUUUCUACAAGAGGAAGAAGAACCCGACGAGGAUGAUGCUUACCAAGUGCUAUCAACGUUAAAGAGAAUAACUGCUUUUCAUAAUGCCCAUGAUCUCUCAAGGUGGGAUUUGUUCAGCAGCAAUUACAAGCUGUUGAAAACUGGCAUCGAGAAUGGAGAUAUGCCGGAACAGAUUGUUGUUCACGCAUUGCAGUGUACUCACUAUGUCAUAUUAUGGCAACUGGCAAAGGUUUCCGAUACAGGCUUAUCAAAAGAGGAAUUGUUAACCCUAAAAAAGCAAAUGAAGGUUUUUUGCCAGAUCUGUCAGCAUUAUCUUACCAAUGUGCACACUGCUGUGAAAGAACAGGCCUUUACCAUUCUCUGUGAUGUUUUGAUGAUCUUUAGCCAUCAGAUUAUGGUUGGAAGUCGGGAAUCAUUACAGGCACUUAUAUAUACCCCAGAUUCGUCUUUGCAGUCAGAACUGCUAAGCUUUAUUUUGGAUCAUGUUUUUAUUGAUCAGGAUGAUGACAACAACAGUUCAGAUGGCCAGCAGGAUGAUGAAGCCAGUAAAAUUGAAGCUUUGCACAAAAGGAGAAACUUACUUGCUGCUUUCUGCAAGCUUAUCGUGUACAAUGUCGUUGAAAUGAAUACUGCUGCAGACAUUUUCAAACAAUAUAUGAGGUAUUACAAUGACUAUGGUGACAUUAUUAAAGAAACAAUGAGCAAAACCAGGCAAAUCGACAAAAUCCAAUGUGCAAAGACACUAAUUCUUAGCUUACAACAGCUCUUCAACGAGAUGAUCCAGGAACAUAGCUAUAACUUUGAUAGAUCGUCUCCAACAUUCAGUGGCAUAAAAGAGCUCGCUAGACGAUUUGCUUUAACGUUUGGACUUGAUCAACUGAAAACCAGAGAAGCCAUUGCGAUGUUACACAAGGAUGGUAUAGAGUUUGCGUUUAAGGAGCCAAGCCCACAAGGUGAAGCCCAUCCACCUCUUAACAUGGCGUUCCUUGAUAUCUUGAGUGAGUUUUCUUCGAAACUGAUGAGGCAAGACAAAAAAACAGUGUAUGCGUACCUGGAGAAGUUCAUGACAUUUCAAAUGUCCCUUCGUAGAGAAGAUGUGUGGCUGCCUCUCAUGUCUUACAGAAACUCUCUGUUAGCUGGAGGGGAUGAUGAUACAAUGUCUGUUAUGAGUGGGAUGAGUGGCCGAGGAGGUUCAGUAAGAAGUAAAAAAGCAAAGCCAGCGACUGGGAAGCGGAAAAUUCCAGAAGCUGAAGAGAGCAGCAGUAGUGACAGCAUGUGGAUGAACAGGGAACAAAACAUGAACACACCAGUCAUGAUGCAAACUCCACAGCUCACCUCCACUAUUAUGAGAGAACCUAAGCGAUUGCGACCAGAAGAAAGUUAUAUGGCAGUCUAUCAAAUGCAGCCCGAGCAUCACCAAACUCCACUUGACUAUAAUACGCAGGUAACGUGGAUGCUUGCUCAACGACAGCAGGAAGAAGCAGCAAGGCAGCAGCAAGAGAGGGCGGCUAUGAACUAUGUGAAGCUGAGGACUAAUCUGCAACAAGCCAUACGACGUAACACAGGGUUGAUGGAAGACGACGAAGAGCCAAUUGUUGAAGAUGUGAUGAUGUCAUCAGAAGGACGUAUUGAAGAUCUUAACGAGGGCAUGGACUUUGACACAAUGGACAUAGAUUUGCCUCCAUCAAAAAACAGACGAGAAAGAACAGAGCUUAAACCAGAUUUCUUUGACCCUGCUUCAAUCAUGGAUGAAUCUGUUCUUGGGGUAUCAAUGUUUUAAUACCAGUUCAUCAAUCAACUCUGUGGUGAAGUGUUUUUUGUUGUUUUUUUUUUUUUGUUUUUUUGUUUUUUAUGGAAGAGGAAGUUUUUAAUGAAAAAAAUUGUGGUAGAAAACUGUACAGAUUUUCUCUAAGGAGAAUAUGAAAUGCUUACCAUUAUUAAGUGCAUUGAGAGGCAGUUUUAAUUGCCUAAAAAAUAUAAAGGACAAGUAAACCUUUUUUUAAAAAAAAUAAAUAAAUAAGCUACGUUAUGUUUCAAGGAAAACAUUUUAUUUAUAUAUUUUUAAUUUGGCCAUUUGUGAAAGACUCACUUUUAAUAUAAAUAAGAAUAUAAAUUAACAUGUUCAUAGUAUAUUGUUGACUCCGCUUACAUUUAGCCAACAAAAAUUGUACAGUUCUCAUUUAUGAUGUGGUAUGGUUAUGGAGUAAUGAUACUUCACAAAAUAUCUUCGUAAAUUAUUAAUCACCCACCUUUUUAAAGCAGUCUUUUAACUAAAUGAAUACAAUCAGGUAAAAUGAUGAGCAUUUUGUUUAAUGUUAAUUUUGCUGUUCCUUAAGAUGAUUGGUUUUUGUACUGUUUAUAAAGGAGAGGAGCCUUAAAGAACGCCUUUUUAUAGACAUCUUGAGAUGGUACUGCCCGAAGGUAUCCAAACAUAACCAUGCUUGCUCAUUUAUAUCCCCGAGUUUGCUUGUCCUUUAAGAGAAAUGUAAUAUUGUGAAAAUCCUUCCAGUAGUGCCACUGUAUUUUGUCUCCAAAUAAAAGAAGCUUAUUGUAGUAUGUUUGCAAAAAAUACUAAAAGGUAUACAGCUUAUUAGAGUGUGGGAAUAGGGUUCAAAUUUUAAAUAAAAUGAUAUAAAUAUAUAUAAAUAUAUAUAAAUUGGUGCUGAUUUUAUAAUUGCGCAGUUUAGUUUUUUUUUCUUACUUUUAAAUUCCAACUUAAAAAUGAGGAUUCAGAACUAUAUUGAAAGUUUUAACAAUGUUUAAAAUAGUUGAAGCGUGAAUAUUCGCAUUGAGAAACAUUUUUAAAUUUGUAUUUUAUAUUGUUUAAUCUGUUUUUGCAAGCAGUCUUCAGGUUAAGCAUACUUCCAGCAGGUUACAAUACAUUUCCUUCUUUUAUUUUUGUUUUAAUUAGUUCAAGGGAUAGACAUUUUCUUGAAUAUAGCUUUGUUCUUCAAAAGCUACGCUUAUUGUCUAUAUUUCUGAGCUUAUUGUCUAAAACAGUGAAUCAAUAUUUGCCAUCUGACAUCGACUUAUUUUCGAAGCUUAGGCAGCUAGACAUUAAAGUAAAUUUUAACUUAUAUUUCAUGUGUAUAUUUUUUGUCAGUUGUCUUUCAUUCUCUGAGGUUUCAAGUCAUUCCAUGCCUUAUGCUUGCAACACACAAACUUCUCUUGUGUUCAAAUGGGGAAAACAAGGUUAAAAAAAGGAGGGCUGGGGAAAGUUAAAACCUAUAUAAAUAAAUAUAUAUAACAAUAACCUUUUAGGCUGAGGUAGCCAAAAACCAUAAUUUAACUAGAGAAAUAUAACGUAUAAUUUUUUUUUGAACCUCCUAGACCUAAACACCACCUGGACCAUCUGUCAUGUCAUGCAAAUACUCAUAUCUGAAAUGACUGCCUACUCUUUCUUCACACCACUGCAUUUAUUAGGACUGCUGUGAGGACUGUGUAUAUAUGAUUUUAAAAAAUAUGUUGAUUUCUUUCUUACUCUUGAAAGAGUAUAUCUUUGUGGAAGCAGUUCUUACAGCUUUGUUUUCAACCAGCUAAAAUGUUUUAUAUAUUUGCCUAACCUGUUGUCCUCCACAUUCUAUUGUCCUCUGUACUGUUUUCUGAUUUGUAUUUAUGUCUUGAGACAGUAACUUUUUGAAUAAAAAAUAAAUCUAAAGUAUAUAA